GAGCCGCCCGCCCCACGCGCCAUGCUCUACCCAGGAACCUUGACAACAACAAUGACGCCGACCCAGUGGCUCGCAGUUCCUACAGAAAUAAGAUUAACAGAGAUACCAAACUUGUCUAGCAGCCAGUCUGACGCGUCUGAAGCAUCAACGCUUUACCUAAAUGGCAAGAAAAUUGUUAUUAAGCAAGAAGACACGCCCCCGGCGGGCUGUGAUGAGGCUAGCACGGCCAGCGUCUACCUCUACCCUCUGAUGGAACAGCCUGCUCAAUCCAUGGAUGAGUCAGUGUCUCAAAAGUGGGAAUCGAUUGAGGAUGUGUGCAAGUUGAAGGAGGAUGCAGAGCUAGAGAAACCCCAAAAAGAAGCAGACUUUGAGGGUUUCUGCAAUGAACAGUCAACACUAGCAUGUUUGCGAGCAGUAAUGAAACAGUUGAAUAAAAAACAGGAAGCAGCAAACAAAACACAGGAUGCGGCAGGCAAUAAGCAGGGAGCUGAACUGUUGACAGCUCCAGAAAAUGUUGAGAGGUUGGGGUCACCUGUGCCACCUGAAGAGAAGUGCCCUUCACUUACUUCACUUGCACCUCCAGAAGUAAUUAUUGUCAGAUCGAAGCCAAAAAACCCAGAUUAUAAGGUAAAAAACAACAUCUUGGCCACAAAACGAAGUAAACCUGUGCAUUUCAAGAUACUUAGAGGGAAACCAGGAAUGAAAGUAUAUAUUUCAAUGUCUUACCAAGGCCACAUAUAUGGAGAUGAACCUGUUAAGAGGUGCAAGAAGCAUGACGAGUGCAGUUGGUGCAAAGAUCACGAGUAUAACCAGAGCUUUUGUGUAAUAAGCAAGUUCCACAAAUAUCAGUUGGACCCUAAAGGAAAGCCGAUUGCUGUAAUCAGCAUUUUACAGGAACACCUUGACAAGGAGGGGAACGUUGAGUUUUCCCUUGUAUUUUCAUGCUGGAAUUCAUGUGACAUUCACAGCAAAUAUGGGAAAGAAAUGAGCCUACAGUUGCAGUUAUAUGAUGGAAAAAUAAGAAAGACUGAGUAUCAGAUCCAUUGCUGUCAAAAUCUUUUAAGAGAUGCUUUUAAAGAUAAGACGAGAGACAGAUUUACCACGCCCGGUAUUAAGCGGAAACAGGUGUCCGUACCAGAGAGCUACUGUGAGUGUUCAAAGACUUCCUGUCGAACUGGAGUUGAAUCUCAAUUAACAGCUGUGCACUAUGAAAAUAAAAUAGAAAAACCAUUGGAUUUAGUUGUUGAGGGACUUGAUGCAGAAAGAAGAGACAUAAUUGAACGGAUGGUGAAGAUUAUGGGAGGUACGUCAUUUCCAAUUCCUCAUUUGGCAAAGUUAUCAGAACCUUGUGACCCAAACACAGAAGAUGAAGAUAAUUCUAUAAAUAAGUGAAGCAUUUUGUGGGCUUAGUGAUUAAACUUGUGUAUGACGUGACUUUUAUGCAGUCAAGAACUGUACAUAAAUAAUGAGCUCACAGCACUGGUGUCUCAAAGAUGAGUGAGGUGAAACUUGAAACAUGUUUUGUCAUGUUUCACCUCAUGUCAUGAGGUGAAACAUGACAACAUGUCAUGUUUCACCUCACCACGUGAGGUGAAACAUGAAAAGUAUUGCACAAGAGUUUCUAGACAUUUUUGAGUGAAAAAAUGAGUCGAUUGGUGAAUAAUAUUGAUCUUAGUCAUAUUUGCAUCUGUCUUCACUGUGACAUUAGAUUUGAAAAUAAUACACUUGAAAUUAAUGAAAGUUUUAUAUUUUUUAUAGAAGUUAACAAUAUUCAGAAUUUUCUGUUUUAAGCUCAUUUAAAUGAGCCUUUGUGUGGGGUAUGCUAUGGUAAUUUUGAAAAGGUUCAAGCUAUGUUAUAUGUGUUAUAGAUGUGAAAGAAGCCAAGGGAGAGCAGCUGAGUGUUGUACACAUACGGUAUUUCUGUGAUGGUUACAGUUGGCAUUGGUCUUGGGGUUGUCACUGUAGAAACUUGCAUGAUAUUUAUUUUCAUUGUACAUUGUGAGGGAGCUAUCCUCCACGUUACACCAGUUGCUCUUUGCUGGUUUGUAAAUGUAGCUCCCUUUCUGCUACUCGCUACUUUUGCUGCUACUUUAUCGUAUAUUUUGAUAAUAUAGACAGGUACGUUUACCACUAGCAAAAGACAAGUGCUUCAUUCUGUAUUUUAUACAUCAUGAUAAAUAUUUAUUAUAUCCAUUACUUAUUUGUUAAUAAUUGGAGUCACAACAAAAAUUAUAACUUCGUAUAUAAAACUGUACACCAUUUCCCAUUUUCAUUGGGUGGGGAAGCCACUGACGGAACAGAUACAAACACUUCAUGUUGGAAAAGAGGGUUUAAAGAUACAGUACAGUAUUUAAAAGAGGGUUUAAAGAUACAGUACAGUAUUUAAAACAUUUUCCACAUCUCGGACACUAUCGAGCGUUACCGAGAACCAGCUCCACCACUGAAAGUACUCUAGUUCUUCAUAACUCAUUGCUCCUCAUAAGUUCUCAUAAACACAUAAGACAUAUAUUCCUACUUUAGAAACAUCAACCCAUGUAGCAUUGUUUGAUAUUUCUUUAAUGCUAUUCAUAUUCAUUGCUUGUUUUCUUAUUCACUCUAGUUAAUAUAUUAAUAAUUUAUACUGUAUAGUAUUUAUAUGCUUUACUCGGAAAUGUUUCUAAAGUGAACAUUUCUAGUCGAGGCAGUAUUGAGAAGUAUGGUUAACCUUAUUUAGUCAUGGAAUUUAGAUUUGAAUCUAUAUACUACAUAUAUUGGCGCUUAUAACCCUUUCACUACUACUACUACUAAUACACACAUGCAUGGAGUGGCAACUUUAUCCCCGAUAGACGGCAAAAAAAGGGCAAAAUAUAUCUGCAUAUAUCUCGUGAAGAGCAUAUAGAAUGAUCAUUGUUAUUUAUUUGUUAAACCUGGAAUACAUAACCUUCAAUAAACUACAGUAAUAUAAUUUGCAAAUAUUACAUUGCAUAUUGUUAAGUAGUGCCUCAUUACUGGAUGCAUUGAGAGGUAUUCUCUGACAUCCAAGAAAUUUUCAGGUAUUUUUGCAUAAUGUAACCAACAGAAAUUUACAGACGAGGAGUCACAAUAACAUGGCUGAAAUAUGUUGACCAAACCACACACUAGAAAGUGAAGGGAUGACGACGUUUCGGUCCAUCCUGGACCAUUCUCUAGUCAAUUGUGAGCAAUUCCAUUCCAUUCUCAAGACUUUAUAGCCUGAAAUACUACCUUACAGUAAGAACCCCCAUUUAAGGUCAUUCAGAAAAUAUUUACUGCUUAUAUCCAUUGUAAAACUAUUCAAUAUCCUCUUCAGCAAACACAUGUAUUAACCGCAUAGUUAAACAUCUGCAUUGUGAAUAAUUUCAAGAAGCAUACUUUAAAUGUUCGAAUUAGGAAAAGCUAUUUUUGAGGUCAAAUGUCAUCAGUUGGGAGACGUAACGUCCAUUUCACAAAUAGGGAAUGGCUAAUGCAUGUAAUUGAUUUGAGUUCUCUGUUUUGAAGAUGGAGUGUAUACUGAACUACUCUUAACCACUGCUCACCAUCAUCUGAAAUGUAAAUACUCUAAACACUUAAUUUAUCUUGUUGCUAAUUGUCAUGUUUCACAAUCGACUUGAGAAUGGUCCAGGACGGACUGAAACGUCGUCGUCCCUUCACUUUCCAGUGUGUGGUUUGGUCAACAACAGAAAUUUAUUUGCCUUUUAAACAUUAAGUCCAUACAUUCCAGCCCUUCCAUACUCUCUACCACUUGCCCGAUACCCUGACUUGGAGUCCUAAGAGUCCAGACUCCAAGCAGGAAAUAUAAUGAUGGCAGUUUCAUUAUAAACAAAAACAACAUGAUUUUGUGCUUUUAUUAAAUGAUUUUUUAAAGAUUUGCAAUUUAUUUCAUUAUAAAAAUAAUUAGGAAUAGUAAUACUGUAUUCGGAGAAUUUAAUAGAUAUCCAUAUACUGUACAGUGUGUGUAUACAGAUAAAAGCCACAGAGUUAACAACACUGCAAACCAGACAUGACAGGGCUGAUCUCAUCAAACCUUUUAAAAUACUGAACAAUUUGAAGGAUACUGAUGCAGAGAACCUUGAAAGGUCACCUGUAACACAUUACAAGGAACAAUGGUUUCAAGUUCAGCAAGCCACAAUGUAGGAGUGAAACCAGGAGAUGCUUUUUUCACCCACAGGGUUAUAAACCCAUGCAACUGCCAAAACACGGCUGCAAUUCAAAAUCCAGCUCUAUAAAAUUAUGACAAAUGUGGGGGGGGGCCUAUGACAAGCCUCCAGCUUCCUGUUCUCAUCAGGGCCACUAGAUAGCAACAUCACACAUCAUUAAAAUGUUAGCGAAAUUGUGAAGGCAUGAGCAUGCUAAACAUUUGGAAAUGCAAUGUUUACACUAUCCAGGACAACAUACAGUAAUGUAAGAGAAAAAUUCUCAUAUUUUUGCUAUUGCCAUUAGAUCUUUUAUACGUUGUAACACAAGCAAAAUAAAAAAAAUAAUAAUAAAAUACUAGGAAGAUGGAUCUUCAUCUUGUCAGUCUGAAACUGAAGAGCAAUACAGUAAUCAACAUAUAUUUAUCAGCUGAACAUCUUCCACGGACAACUGUGUUCUAGGGUAUGGUACAUAGCCUCAUUUGUCUUUAUUUUCCUUAUAUCUGACGGAGACAACUUCAUUUUUCAAGUGAUGUGCACAAAAUUCUGUUAACAUUUUCAGCUCCACUUUGUGGGGAAAUAAUUGUAAUAUAAAGCAUACAAUCAGACCAUAUCAUAAAACUAAGAGGAACUGUAAAGGGCCCACAAGUAAUGUCGACUGUCUCAAUAAAUUAACUGUAGUAAGAAGAAAAAAAAGACUAGCAAAUGUCUAUGUUCCAAGUGAGAGAUAAAGCCUAAGUCAAUGAAAGUAUGAUUUAAACCACUUGUACUUUAUAGCCUGAAAUACUACUUUACGGUAAGAACUCCAUUUAAAGUCAUUCAGAAAAUAUUUACUGCUUAUAUCCAUUGUCAGACUAUUCAAUAUCCUCUUCAGCAAACACAUGUUUAAACUGCAUAGUUAAACAUCUGCAUUGUGAAUAAUUUCAAGAAGCAUACUUUAAAUGCUCGAAUUGGGGAUAGCUAUUUUUAAGGUCAAAUGUCAUCAGUUGGGAGACGUAAUGUCCAUUUCAUAAAUAGGGAAUCUUGUUGUUAAUUGUCAUGUUCCCAUUCACACAAGGCUCAACGCUGAUUGAGACAAAAGUUAGUUUUCAGGGUUGUAAUAUCAAAACAGUAAAGCAAUUCUGAAUUCUGUGACUCACAACCAAAGUGUUAAAUGUUGCUUAAGAAGAGUUUGAUAAUUCAGGUUGAAAUUCCUACUUCAAACUGGGCUGCCAAGCACCAACAUUCUAGACUGUUGGUGCUUGACACACACUCAAUGAGGAGACCUAGUCAAGAGAAAGGGAAGGGAAGAUUUUACCCUCGGUUACUUUGGCAACCCGUCCACUCGAGGUGUCACAAAAAUGACGUACUAAAAUGACUGAGCUAAUCUAACAGAGGACCCACAUAUGCAAAACAUAAGUCUUGCUAUGAUUUAUAGUACACCAUAUUUUGAUAUUGGAGAUUUGUAUAUCAAAAUGAUGUAUUAUUCAAGAGGAGAGGUCGACUUUGGGGUAGAUUAUAUAUACUGUACCGUGUAUAAAGAAAAGCACUUUGGGGAAUAUAAGGUAAUUAUAAAGAGAAACUACUAAGCUAGUAUGAUUAUAUAGUAGGGGGUGAAAGGUAAAUGGACUUCAGUUAGAACAAUACCACAGCGUCAGUUUUAACUGAGAAUAAUGAGGCUUACAAUUUUUUACACUUAUCUACAUUGUACAGAGAUUAAAAUAAUAAUUAUCUUCAAAAUUCUGUAUGUACAGUCAUCUGUUACAUUUGAGGUGAUUAUGCAUGUGUGACCUCUUCGUGAGGUAAAGUAAAUAGAUCAUUAAACGGUUUCACAUGGCUAAUAAUUGGUUUGUGUGGCACUGCCUCCUUAACACCCUAAAGUGCAGCUGUCAUAAAAGUUGCCACGACCUGUGCUCACCCAACAUGCAUAAUUAUGCCCUAAAAGAACAUUUGUGUGUGGAUAUGUAGCUUUUUAAUUUGACACUUUCUUUUUCGCCGUCUUUACCAAUGUCCGACAUCGCUAGAAUUGUUAUAACAUAACCCUAUAAAAAGUAGCGAGUAACAGUUCUUGAGAAUGACAAAAAUGUAGCACAAUUACCACUCUCACCAUUGUUUUUAGAGGACACCGGUGCUACCAGAUGAGGCUAGUAGGAGUGCUGCUUCUAGCUCUUAUUUCAGCUUAGAAUGACAUGAUUAUUUUGAAUCUUUAUUUAUUUUUUUCUAUUAAUCUGUUACUAUCGUUCUUACUAUUAACUAUUUAAGGGGCAUUAAGUUACUUUUUAUAUCAAUAUAUACUGUAUAUAAUACUAGAUUUUGUCAAAUAAAAUACUGAAACUUCUUGUGUCUAAGUCAGCAUUCCAGAUAUAAAAUUUGGAGUAAUAUGUUGGGGGUUUAUCAUCUAGGUAAUUUAAUAUAUCAUAUCACUACUGCAGUUAAUGGUUACCACAAACUCAGGAACAUCUUGGUACAAUUACAUAAUUAGAUGUAAUAACAUGCUCAGGAACAUUAUUGCACAGGCACUGUAAACAAGUGGCUGCCAGUUGAGCCCUAUGUCAUUUCUUGUUUGUAAAUAUAAAUAUAUAUUUGCUAUCAUAUUAAUCUGUACUAUAUGCUUUUGAAUGGCUAACACAAAAGUAAGGUUUCAAUACUUGACCAAAUCUUUCUUAUAUUUCCCUAAACAAGACAAAUGGCAUAUGAUCUCACAUUUUACAUGUCAAAUCUCCCAGUGUUGGGGCUUGAUGAUGAGCUCAGGAAAGGAGUGCACCAAAUAAUGUGUAUUGUGUGCAUGAUGCAAUGUGACCUGGUGUCAGCUGCAUCAGUGCUACACUUUUGGGAGCAUGCAGAAAAUAUGAUUGACUUCAGUGCACAAGUUAAUCAACUUUUUGGAUAUGCUCAAGUUACGUGUUAAAUUUACAAUAACCUCUUUUUUUCUGCUUAGAAGAAAAUUGCUAUAGUUUUCUUUGUGAAUUGUCGUCUUGUAAAAUAUUAUAUUCUAAAAUUAGUAUAGUUUUAACACAAUGAACAGUAACCUACUUUCCAGACAUUUAUGUAAUUUAUUUAUACCAGUGUAAUGUUUAUAACUUUUAACGGUGAUAAACUACAAGUGCCAGAUGAGGCAGGUGUUCUCUCUUGGUUGAUACAUUAUAAACAUAUACAGUUAUCAGUUCUAAAUAUCAAACAUUAAUUCAAAACAUGUGUUUUUGUUAAAUAAUUUUUACACUGUUUCUGUAAGUGUUUUUCCCUAGGUUCUUAAUAUUUAAUAUAUUGGCAAUUAUAAAAAUUAUAUAUUAUUUUUAAGUAUCUUCAUCUAAUGAAUUUGAUGUGUUAGUUUUUGUUUAUUUUCUGAUGCUGCAUUUCCAGAUAUCUUGAACACCGGGAUUGACUUCACACUUAGGACACAGUCAAUCCAGCUUUCUCUUGGUCAGUGUAGGCCUCUAGUGGGGCACUUUAGGACCUAAUAUUUUCCUACAUAGGAAUUUCUUUAGUAGGAGUGUCACAUUAUGAGAACAAAAAGAGUCAAUCUACAUGAAAUUUGCUAUAGGUACACAUACAUUUCCUAGUACCUGAUGGUGGGUUAGUUUGAGCAUUAAGUAGCAAGCCCACAAAACAUUUUGCUUUUAGGGACAGUUUUCUGUGACUUUUAAGAUGGUAUCUUCAUAGUGAUUGCACAUUAAAUUUCAAAUUGUUUAAUUUAAUUGUCAUCGAAAGCAUUAUAUUAUAUAGUUGUCAUUGUAGCAGCUUCUGAAUAACAUGUUUGAGAUUGACAUUUUUUUUAUAAAACCUUAGUUGGCAUUUUUAUCAUAAUUAUCUUAACUGUUCUGAUAUUUGUGCCUUGGGCAUGUGCUGUACUAAUUCUAAAGGAAUAGAUUAAGUGCUGAAAAUACCCUAAGGUUAGACAUGUUAUGCAGUAAGUUUUGGCUUUUGCUGUAAUAUAACAGAUUUGUUGCUCGGUGCACCUUUUUUGGUGCCAGGUUGGUAUUUAAUGUACAAUUGUAAAUUUCUGACAUGAUUUUAUAACUUUAAAAUCUGAAAAAUU